GAUUUAGGGUUUUUUAGUGGUGAGUAGAGGGCUGUUCAGCGGUGUUUCACCGUCGGCGGAAAUGGUGAAGGAGCGAAAGCACGAUCGCGUUAGGUUAUUCGUACGCGGGAGGGUCCUCGGUUACAAAAGAUCGAAGUCGAACCAAUAUGAGAACACCUCGCUGGUGCAGAUCGAGGGGGUGAGCACCAAGGAGGAGGUGGAUUGGUACUUGGGGAAGAGGUUGGCUUACAUCUACAAGUGUAAGACGAAGAAGAAUGACUCGAACGUCCGGUGCAUCUGGGGCAAAGUUACGCGCCCCCAUGGAAACAGUGGUGUUGUCCGCGCCAAGUUCAAGACCAAUCUUCCACCUAAGUCCAUGGGUCAAAAAGUCAGAGUGUUCAUGUAUCCCAGCAAUAUCUGAGGUGAAAUUUGCAAUUGGUUGUGAUAGCUGAGGUGCAGUUUGUGGUUAUAUUUGAGACAUACGUUGAUACUGGAGCUGCAACUCAGUCCUUAUUAAAAGUAGCUUCUUGUUGCUAGUUACUCCUUGAAUUUGUUGCUGUGCACUUGUUUUUCUUUUUCAUUUAAAGUUUUAAAGUUAUCUAGCAUAACAAUAUUAAUUUGAUUGAGCUGAUUUUUCAAAAAUUCUGUUA